GUCAAGCCCAAAGGGUUGGGGCAAACGAAAAAUCUUACUGGAGUGUAUAGGUUGUGCCUCUCCAGCAAGGCCAUCCACCUCGUCAAGCUGAACUCAGAGGUGCCCUCCGUCCACUUGCAGCUAAUGAAUAUUCGCCGCUGUGGACACUCGGAGAACUUCUUCUUCAUCGAAGUGGGCAGAUCUGCCUCCAUUGGGCCUGGAGAACUCUGGAUGCAAGUGGAUGAUUCGGUGGUUGCGCAGAAUAUGCAUGAGACUUUUCUGGAGACCAUGAAAGCUCUAAAGGCCUUUGCAGAGUUCAGGCCUCGAAGCAAGAGCCAGUCUUCUGGUGGUGGUAGUGGUACCAAUCCCAUCUCCUUCAUCACCACCAGGAGGCACUUAGGCAACCUGCCCCCCAGCCAGACAGGCUUGCAGAGAAGAUCUAGAACUGAGAGUGUUGCUGGAGGGACUCCUCCUACCACCAAAAGCAGCAACUCCUAUCGCUUCAGAACAUCCAGCGAAGGAGAGGGAACCAUGACUAGACCUUUUAGGUCAGUGACUGGGAGUCUGAUCCACCUGAAUACUGCGAGGAUGAAUUUGGGCCGGCAAGAAGGGAGCGGAAGGUACGUGAGAGCCGCUUUCGGCUCGUCUUACCACACCAGGUCUGCUUCGCUGCCUGUUUCUCACUUUCCCUCCACCACAAGUCCCAUCAGUGUUUCUUCCAGUAGUGGCCAUGGCUCUGCUUCGGACAUGUUGACCAGGCCUUCUAGCUCAUCCGUUUGUGGUUCCCCAAGCGAUGGGGGAUUUAUCUCUUCUGAUGAAUAUGGCUCCAGCCCUGGAGAUUUCAGGUACUUUCGGGUCAGGAGCAAUACACCGGAUUCCCUGGGAAACACACCGCCCAUCAGAGAGGAGAACUGUCUGAGUGAGUACAUGUCCAUGAGUAAGCAACAGGCAGAUGAUAGUUCACGAGAUGAUUAUAUGGAGGCUGAAAAGUGUUUCAGGAAAAGAACUUACUCUCUAACAAAACCAACCUCUGUAGCAGUGCAGCAGAAGACGACACAAACUACAGCUUCAUUAGAUGAAGAUUCUGCAGGAAAUAAUGGACGAUUCCUUUACUCUGAAACACCAAAAUUGAAAGAUAACCAUGAAUUGGAGUACAAUGAUGCUAGCCUUGAUUCCAUAUGUAACCAAAGUAGGAGUAAAGCCAGAGAUGAUGGGUACAUGCCAAUGAUGCCGGGAGUUGCAUCUUCUCUAUCCAGCAACAGUGAUUAUUUGCCAAUGACUCCUAAAAGUAUGUCCGUUCCAAAACAGAUUAACAAUUCAUGGUCAUCGUCUCAGGUUGACUCCAGAGGAUAUAUGAUGAUGUUCCCAAAGGCUAGCUCUUCACCUGUCCGAAGUCCUUUAACUGGAUUUGUUUCUAAAGGAAGUAAUGAGAAGAUCAUAAACAAUGAGUAUAUGGAUAUGUCGCCUGGUAAUUCAGCUCCAAAGCACCCCGGUGAUUCGAAUUAUAUUCAUACUGCUUCUGUUCCCAAAGGUUUCAGUUCCUAUUUUUCUUUGCCCCGAAGCUUUAAGGCAUUAUCAGGACAAAAUGGUGACCACAGUGAAUAUGUUCCAAUGUCUUCACCUGGAAAACUCUUGUAUAGUGGACCAGAAAAUGGAAAAGGGGUCAACAGUGAAGCUCUGGCUAAUGGCAUCUCUAAAUUGCCAGUGGUGAAAGGUUCAGAUGAAGGACUUGUGCAGAACAGGGCUCCCAGGCCCACGAGACUCCCCCUAGGUACAAGAGGGAGUAACACUAUCCCCAGGAUGUAUGGUCGUACAGUUCCACCUGAGCCAGCGAGUCCCGGUGAGUACAUCAAUAUUGAUUUUAAUGAAAAGGCGAGUAAUACACCGUAUUCCUUAUCUGCAGAAGGAUCGCCAUCAUCUCUAGGCUCAAGUAGCGACCACAGACAGUCCCCGCUUUCCGAUUAUAUGAGUGUUGACUUGGAUGUACAGUCACCGAAAGCAGCGAAGGAACUGUCCAACUCUCUAACAGAUAUUUCGAUUUAUGCAAGUUCCAGUAUUCCUAGAAGCCAACCAAACCCUGACUACGCAAGGCUUUCGUUUGGUACUGCGUGUGUUAGCACCGCAAGUAACAGGACUGAUGACUACACGGAGAUGACAUUCAACAUGGCAGCAACCCCACCUCGGCCAUUUGCUGCCGAAUCCGACGAUGGCGUAAAGAUUGAGAGCCCUUCUUCCAUCGUGAAUAGACUGUGCAUUGUUGAUCGGUAUGCUGGCAGCAGUAGCUUCCCUGUUCCCAGCUCUGAACCUCCCAUGGGACCGAAAGUGAUUCGAGCUGAUCCUCAAGGCAGGAGGAGACACAGUUCUGAAACAUUCUCUUCUGCUGGGACUGUGACGACCUCCUCCUCCUUCUUUACUGAUAGUAGCAAAAGACACAGCUCUGCCUCAUUUGACAAUGUUUGGUUGAAACCGGAUGAAAACAUUUCUGAUGGUCAGGAAAGCAAAAUGUCCAGAGAUACCUCAACUGGAUUUCAGAAUGGCUUAAACUACAUCGCUCUGAAUUUACGCGAUGAUCCUAUAAGCUGUGAGGCAAGUACUACAGCGCCAACUUGCCAUCUCCAAAAUGGUACUUCAGGUUUGGACAGUGGAGCUUACGUGAGCAUAGACUUCAGCAGAUCCGACGGGCUGAAGUGUAACGCUGCGAGAAAAGACUGACUGCAUUGCCAUGGAAACCAUUGUUGGAAGAGAAGACUUUUCUGCUGGUAACUCCAGAAACUGUGUGGUGCUUUUGGAAGCAAAGCUCAGCUCCAGCCGGCUACUUUCAUUUCCACCAGCACGGACAUAGACACACAUCCUUUUAAUUAUUUUUUUUUUCAUAGACAUCAACUCUCUACAGUUGAGUUAAUUUGAAUUGAGAUUUUUUUCAUAGCUGUGCUUUGGUGAUGGAAUUUGGUCUUUCAUGUCAUAUCUCUUUGGGAGGCAGCGUGAAUGCUAAUAGGAGAUCCCGGUAUGCCCCUUUCUUCCUCCUGCCUCUCCCAUUAUUUUUCUUUUUUAAUUUAUAUUCUGAGAAGUCAAAGCUGGUUUCUGAUUGUCUGUUUAACAUGGGUUUUGCUUCUCCGGUACAUUAACAAGUGGUUAGCUUAAAACAUGUAUUGUUUAGAAAUAUUUUGGCAGUUCAGGAUUUUUUUUUCAGGUGGCUGGGCGGAAGGAGGGAGGG